AGCUACAAAUCAAAGGCCCGCAGAAUGCCCGAGCAUAAAACCCUUUUUCUAUUGACACUGUUCUACUUUGCUGCUGUAAGGUAGAGCAGCCCCACUCUGCCUGGGAAGCAGUGACAAACAUACGGAUAGACUGCCCUGUGAAGUGUUCUCCUUUUCAUGGAUGCCAGGGUGGCCCUGCUGCACUUAUGGACAGUCCUUGUCCUCCUGACAGCAGAACUGAAGUGGAUUGAUGCUGCAGAGGUCUACACCAACGCCUGGGCUGUCCAGAUCAAUGGGGGGCCAGAGGAGGCCGACCGCAUUGCCAGGGAACACGGAUUCAUCAACCACGGCAAUGUUUUUGGAGAUUAUUAUCACUUUAGGCAUCAUGCCGUGGAGAAGAGAGCUUUGUCUGGCCACUUGGGGAUGCACAUCAGACUGCAAAAAGAACCACAGGUCCUGUGGGCGGAGCAGCAAGUGGUGAAAAAAAGGAAGAAGAGGGAUAUCUAUGAAGACCCAACAGACCCUGAUUUCUCCAAGCAGUGGUACCUGUCCACCCCGACACAUCAAGACCUGAAUACCAAAAUAGCCUGGGCUCAAGGCUACACAGGGAGAGGUGUAGUGGUGACUAUCCUGGACGAUGGAAUUGAGAAAGACCACCCAGACCUCGUCAGCAAUUAUGACCCUGAGGCCAGCUAUGAUGUUAAUGAUGGAGACGCUGACCCACAACCCAGAUACACGCAGCGAAAUGAGAACAGACAUGGAACUCGAUGUGCCGGAGAAGUUGCAGCAGCAGCCAACAACGGCGUGUGCGGCGUAGGCGUGGCCUAUAAUGCUAAAAUUGGAGGAGUUCGCAUGUUGGACGGGGAGGUGACAGACGUGGUGGAGGCCCACUCUCUAAGCCUCAACCCGCAGCACAUCCACAUUUAUAGCGCCAGCUGGGGCCCAGAGGACGAUGGCAAGUCACUGGACGGCCCCGCCAAACUGGCUAAGGAGGCUUUCCUCCAGGGAAUCACCAAGGGACGUGGCGGACAAGGCUCCAUCUUUGUCUGGGCCUCUGGUAAUGGUGGCCGGGAACAGGACAGCUGUAACUGCGACGGUUACACCAACAGCAUUUACACCCUUUCCAUCAGCAGCACCACGCAGUCCGGCAACGUGCCGUGGUACAGCGAGCCCUGCUCCUCCACCCUCGCUACUACCUACAGCUCUGGAAACCCGGGGGAGAAACAGAUAGUGACCACAGACUUGAGGCAAAAAUGCACAGACUCUCACACGGGGACGUCCGCCUCGGCCCCACUGGCUGCUGGGAUCAUUGCCCUGGCUCUGGAGGCCAAUAUGAACCUGACCUGGAGGGACAUGCAGCACCUGGUGGUGAGGACGUCCCGGCCCGGACACCUCAGCGCCGGAGACUGGAAGACCAACGGUGUGGGACGCAGAGUGAGUCAUUCGUACGGUUAUGGGCUUCUGGAUGCAGGUGCCAUGGUGGCUCUGGCACAGAACUGGACCACAAUGGGACCGCAGCAUCAGUGUGUUCACACCAUGCUUGCAGAACCGAGAGACAUCGGGAACAAGCUGGUGUUCAGCAAGAGCGUGGAUGCCUGCUGGGGACGACCGGAGUAUGUCAGCUCUCUGGAACACGUUCAGGCUCGCCUCACUCUCUCCCACAGCCAGAGAGGAAAAUUGGCCAUUCAUCUCAUUAGCCCACUGGGCACUCGCUCCACCUUGCUGUUCCCCAGGCCCAACGACUUCUCCUCAGAGGGAUUCAACGACUGGGCCUUUAUGACCACCCACUCAUGGGGCGAGAAUCCUCAAGGGGAAUGGACACUGGAAAUAGAAAAUGUAGCCGCUAAUGGACGUGACUAUGGUAACCCCACUCAUCAUCAUUAA